AUGUCAAUCAUCAUGUCUACUAUGUCUGUCCCUUCUACAACUGCUACCGCUACAAAUAGUAAUAGUCUUCCUUAUUAUUAUCCAAGUAAUUCGUCAGUGUCAACUUCCCCAAAUACUUAUCAACAGCCUAUGCAACAACCACAACCACAGUCACAAUCACAAUCACAGUCUUUGUUAUUCCCUCAACCUUUCCAGGCUCAACUCCCUUCAAUUUACUUUACUCAGCUGCAAGAUAUAAACUUGGCUUUGGCUUCUCCAGCCCAAAACGCUUCAGCAUUCUCUCAACCAUUUCCUUUUGACUAUGCUCCUUACCAACAACAACAGCAAAUUCAACAAACACAACAAGGACAAGUUCAAGCACAAGCUCAAGCCCAAAUGUACCAACACUCAUAUCAACCACAGUAUCAACAUCAAUCUCAAUAUCAACAACCAAUACUGUACCAAUCAUCACCAACUUUGCCAAACUUGUCAUCAGAUAAUAUCGAUUAUUCUUCCUUGGUAUCUUACACAAUUUCUCCAUCCUUAAAAAGAAAAAGAAGAACAUCAUCCAAAAGUUUAUCAGCAAAUUCUACACCAGCACCAGCUGAAUCAUAUCCAUGUACAGUUUGUUCAAAAGUGUUUCAAAAACCAUAUAAUUUAAAAUCUCACAUGAAAACUCAUUCCACAGAAAAACCAUUUAAAUGUUCACAUUGUCCAAAAUCUUUUGCUAGAUCUCAUGAUAAAAAACGUCAUGAAUUAUUACAUCAAGGUGUUAAAAAUUUCAAAUGUGAAGGUUAUUUAAAAGAUGGUGUAACUAAAUGGGGAUGUGGUAAGAAAUUUGCUAGAAGUGAUGCUUUAAGCAGACAUUUCCGUACUGAAACUGGUUGGUUAUGUAUUCGACCUCUAAUGGACGAAGCUAAAAGAUUAGAGGAACAAGAAGGUAAAUAA